GUCGCCACUCCAUUUGAAUGGUCUGAUGCUGUACAACCAGUGAAAUUACCACGUCUUCUAGAAGACACUGUUGAAUAUACACCUGCCACUGUUAUUGGCUGGGGCAUGAAUUAUACUGGCAGCCCCAUAAUGACCAAGCUGCAAACUGCGGAGAUUGAGAUUGUUUCUGAUGCUGACUGUUUGGAAGCAUACGGUGGUGAUAUACAUACCACCAAUAUUUGUGCUGGCACAUCUGAGGGAGGAAAGAAUGCAUGUAUUGGUGAUUCUGGAGGUCCUCUUAUUGCUAAUGACCAGCAAGUGGGGAUUGUCUCUUGGUCUGUGAUUCCUUGUGCCAAAAAAGGAUAUCCUGUGGUAUACACAGAAGUUUCACAUUAUAUCGACUGGAUUCGAGAAGUUACUACAGCAAAUUCAGGUCCAUAUGAAAAAGAAGAAGAAAAAGAAGAAGAAAAAGAGUCAAAACCUGAAGAUAAACCUGAAGAUAACGAAGCAGUGAAACCAGAAGAGAAGGAAUCUGCCAAACCUGAUGAGAAGGCUUAG